AUGCAUUAUUUCAAGCCAAACUUCGUCGCUUCAAUACUUGCUCUCUCAAUCCCUAGCAUCGUUUUUUCCUCGCGUGAAAUUGAUCGUGGUUACACCUGUGACGGAAAAUUUUUUCACGAAUCGAAAAUCAUAGAGGUGGAAGAAAAGAUUGAAGAGUUAAGAGCUCGGCCAGAACCACUCCAAAAGGACAUGGUCUUGGCACAAUAUCCAAUCAAAAUCAUGGGUAUACCGAAACCUCGUUCGCAACCCAAGUACGCUUUUCCCAUUCUUGAAAGCGGCGAGAUCUACAAUGGAGGCGAAACAGGCCCUUAUUUUGUCGUCGUCAAUAGAGGUAAUGAAUUUUUUGGUGUUCUAAUCAAAGAGGAAGAUACAUGGAGGAACUGCAUUUGGGGGAAACAUUCAGCCGGAAAGAAGCCAAUAGCAAGACCUAUCGAUAGCACCCAGAGCUCAUCGCGAUCUAGUGAAUUUUCGAGAUCAGAUGGUGACUCGAUGUCUGACGAAUCAAUGGACGAUGACGCAGAUUCGGCACAUGCACAGAUUUACGGUUGGGCUCUUCGUGGAGCCUAG